GUCCAUUAAAGGGAUUCGAUAAAUCAUUCAACAAAUAAAUCAUUCAACAAAUAAAUCAUUCAAAUAAAAAUGACGUUUUAUAACAAUCGAAAAAUAUAUUAAUAUAACAAAUUGUCUCAUCUUUCCUUUUUCUUUCUUUUUUUAAUUUUUUAUUUUCUAGAUGCCCCAAAUUUUUCAGAAGCGAUCGGUAACGUGACCGCAGCGAUCGGCAAAGAGGCUAUUCUAUCCUGCACAAUCCGGAAGUUGGGUAAUUACAAGGUAGGAUGGCUACGAGUAGAGGAUCAGACGAUAUUGUCGAUGGGUCAACGAACGGUGACCCAUUCAGCCCGUUUCCUAGUCACCAUGGAAAAGGCCAAGGCAAAGAAUCAGACCCAUUCGAGAGAGGACGAGGAGGCCACUUGGAGUCUCCAUAUUCGCCAACUCAGGAAGGCCGAUCGAGGUUGCUACAUGUGCCAAAUCAACGCUCAGCCCAUGUUGAGCCAGCUGGGAUGCGUCGACGUCCUAGUUCCCCCUGACAUAUUGAGUUCUGGUACAUCGGAGGGAGAGGUCUCGGUUUUAGAAGGAGAAAAUGCAACGCUUUCUUGCAAGGCAUCGGGUAGACCAGCACCACGCGUACUUUGGAAAAGAGAGAAAAGUGAUUUCAUUCUGAUGAGAGGUCUUCACGAGUCUUUAAUUCAAGUGGACAGCCAGUCCGGCGAGAAGCUGGAAUUAACGAGGGUAGACAGGAGGCAAAUGGGAGCUUAUCUUUGCAUAGCCAGAAACGAAGUACCACCGACAGUCAGCAAAAGGGUCUACCUCAGAGUGAACUUCGCCCCAAUUGCAAAAGUGCGUAAUCAAUUAUUGGGUUCGCCAUUGGACACGGAUGUCUCAUUGAUCUGUUCGAUCGAAGCUUAUCCAAAGACGAUCAACCUGUGGACCCGGAAGGAACAAGUGAUCAUGAGCGGCGGAAGAUACGAGAUCGACGAACGUAGCCAACCGGAGGAAGAAUGGAAGACGACGAUCGAGCUCAAGAUAAAGCGUCUUCAGAAGACGGAUUUAGGAGAAUACACGUGUUCGGCAUCCUCUAGUAUGGGAAAAGCCGAAGCCACUAUCAGGGUAUAUGAGAUAGAACGUGCUACGUUACCAACGCGUGCGACCUCGCCAACCUGGAGAAAACAGAACAAAGGUGGUAAAUCAAAAAGCAUUCUUGGGGUCUCUACGGUCAAUCGAGUUUUCCACCAGCUGAGCACCCCGGCGAUGCAGAAGAGUACAUCCCGAUUGAUCUUCGGUAACAAAUACUCAACGACAUCGACUACCGUUGAUCCACGUGGCUCAUCAUCGAUCGUCGUAAAAGGGAAUAAUGGUUACACCGAUGAGAAAAAAAGCGAAUCUAAGAAGGAACCGAAGGUAGAAAAUGUCGCGAACAUCGGCAAUUUUAUCUUCAACAAACAAAUAUAUACGAUCUGCUUAACGUUUUUAUCGACCAUACGAUAAAAUGAGUUAUAUACGUUUCUCUUGAUUACUAUAUUCAUAAAUAUAUAUAUAUAUAUAUAUAUAUAUAUAUAUAUAUAUAUAUAUAUAUCCAUACAACCAAUCUUCACCAAAAAUACCGCAACAACCAACCACCACCACCGCAACAGCCACCACCGCCAUUCGUUGUCUCACUCUCAAUCAUAUUCUUCUAACACUCAGAACCAUCCCUCAACCAACCCCCAUCUCUCUCAUCUAACCCACAUCCCCCACAUCCCCCUCAACCCCUCAACCCCUCAACCCCUCAACCCCUUUUUUCUCUCUCAUCCUUUGCGAGGCUGUGUCCGGACCCCCUCCUCUCCUGUACGGUGUUAAUAAAAAGAUGAUAAGGUAUGUGGUAAUAAUGGAAAGAGUAAAGAGGACAUUAAGCCGCGUUAGGGCAUAAUUCUUUGCGAAUUUCAAACAAGUUCUAUCAGAUAUUGAACGCUUACGAAUGUAUUUUUUAUGAACCUUUUGUCCCCGUCUCCUCGCGACUGAAGAAGAAAAAAUAAAGAAAAGAAAAGAAAUCAAAAAAGAGAGAGAGAGAGAGAGAGAAAGAGAGAGAGAGAAAGAAAAAACGAGAGAGGAAAAGUUAAAAAUAAUAAUAAUAAUUAUAAUAAUAAUAAUAAUAAUAAUAAUAAUAAUAACAAAAAGAUGAAAAAUAUGAGUAAAUGGACGAGAGGCGUCCCGCUUUUUUGUUAAUACUCAUCGAACGUGUUUUAAUCUCGGGUAUUUUUGAAGGAAGCCUUCAUUGUCGAAAUCGAUCGAUCGAUCGCCUUCAUUUACUUUUUUCGAUAGAAAAUU